GCGAAGUAAAGGCUACACACGCCUACACCGUUUACACUCUCUACAGUACUUGGAGGGUGUUAAUCAAUGGCAAUGGCAUCGACUUCUUCAAUUCAUCAACCUCCUUCAUCUCUCUUCAACAAUGGUGGAUUUUACCGUCAAAACAUUUCGGUUCCAUCUACAUUUCUUCGACUUAAAGAUAGAAGGGGUUACUCAAAAACACCCAUCACAGCAAAUCUUGUGAAGAAUGAGUUGAAAUAUCGAAAGCUUGGAGAUUCUGACCUACAAAUUAGCGAAAUUACACUCGGAACGAUGACUUUUGGGGAACAGAAUACUGAGAAAGAGGCUCAUGAAAUGCUGAGUUACGCAUUCGAAAAUGGAAUUAAUAUAUUGGACACUGCAGAAGCUUACCCAAUUCCCAUGAAAAAGGAAACACAAGGAAGAACAGACCUUUAUAUUGGAAGCUGGAUGCAGUCUCAACCCCGUGAUAAGGUUAUUUUGGCAACUAAGGUUUGUGGCUAUUCAGAGCGAUCAACUUAUAUACGUGAGAAUGCAAGCGUUUUGCGUGUUGAUGCUGCUAACGUUAAAGAAAGUGUAGAGAAAAGCCUUAAGCGCCUCAACACUGACUACAUUGAUUUGUUGCAAAUACAUUGGCCAGAUCGUUAUGUGCCAUUAUUUGGCAUGUCAUCUUAUGAUCCUUCAAAGUGGAGACCCAGUGUGCCAUUCGUGGAACAACUCACGGCCUUCAAAGAACUCAUUGAUGAAGGAAAGGUGCGUUAUAUUGGUGUCUCCAAUGAAACGUCAUACGGCGUGAUGGAAUUCGUUCAUGCUGCGAAAGUUGAAGGACUACCAAAGAUUGUUAGCAUCCAGAACAGCUACAGUCUCUUAGUUCGAUGUCAAUUUGAAACUGAUCUAGUUGAAGUUUGCGAACCUAAGAAUUGCAACAUCGGCUUACUCGCUUAUUCCCCAUUGGCUGGUGGAACUUUGAGUGGGAAGUAUCUGAAUACUGAUACCGAAGCUGCUAAGAAAGGAAGACUUAACAUCUUUCCUGGCUACAUGGAAAGAUACAACAAAUCCCUCUCCAAGCAAGCAACUGAAAAGUAUGUUGAAUUAGCCAAGAAACAUGGCCUGACACCUGUGCAACUAGCACUAGGGUUUACAAGAGAUCGGUCGUUCGUGUGUAGUUCGAUCAUUGGGGCUACAUCUGUGGAACAAUUAAAAGAAAAUAUCGAUGCAUUUGUUACAACUGAACAACCUUUGUCACCUGAAGUUAUGAAAGGUAUUGAAGAUAUUUUCGCAAGAUACAAAGAUCCAACAAUCUUUUAAAUAUGUGAGUUGAAUUCCAGUUUUGAAAAUCUCUCCUACGGCCUGUUUUGACGAGAACAGUAUCUAGGAUGCCAGCUCCGAAUUUGUAAUUAUGUGCUUAAUUUCUUCUGUGAACAUUUGUACAAUUGUACUCCUAUCCCUGAGUGUUUGUAGCAAGUGCAGUUAUGUUAAGUAAAUCGGUUAUACAGAUGAAAAAAAACAGUAAAAGAAAGACGCCGAAAAAUGACCAAGAAUUAGAUCAUGUUUUAUUACUCAAAAUUGUUACAGAAAAAUGAAAAAUGAGAUUCUUGUAUUCA